AUGCCACGUACCGUCAUCAUGGUCCCAGUGCCGUCCGUGCAAGGGAGCGAGCAAUCGUUCGAUCGUUCAGUUGACCCUGCAGGCAGCAACGCAACCAUGGCUCCGCCACCUCUCUGUCCAUCCUUAGCUGCUGGCUUGGCACCUGUGGGACCAGAGGUUGGUCCUUCUGCGGAUGAACGUCGUGUAGCUAAUGAAAACAAGGAAAAUGCGAUUGAUGGCAACAACAUGUACGGCAUGGCAUUCCUUGCUGGAGGUGCUUAUGGUAUGGACAUCAACUAUGAUGUGGAGUACUUGGAUGAGGCUCAUGAGGAGGAAGGGGGAUUGAGGAGCAUCAUCAUCAACCUCGGAGUAACCUUGACACGACCUAAAGGCAAGGUGGUGGACAAAGAUCUCCUCAUGGUGGAAUGCAUGUCAAUCAUGGAAGGCUAUCUUGGUUUGUAUAUUGUGCGCGACCGCCCCAACAAGACAUUCCUCAUGCACCAGAAUGCAUACGUGGCGAAGGUGCAGCAGCGCUCCUUCAAGGGGGCGCCACCGAAGAAGCAGCCGAUCACCCCGCUCUCCUAUACCAGCUUUGUGAUGGAGGAUGCUGAGCUGCUUGCCGAUCGCACCAUGACCGACCGCUUUGCAGCAGGUGCACACCUAAGAACGGAUGCACAUUCGCAUGAGCUCUUCCGCACACUCUCCUACUGGGCUGCCUCAGCGGACAUGGGGCUGCUGUUCAAGGGAGGACCAAAGAGUUAA